CGUAACCUUCAGCACCGUCGCUAUAUAAAGCUUCUAUUCUGCCUGCUGUGAUUGCAUUCCAUUUUAGUUUGAACACAGUGCGAACUGCAACACAACCAAAAUGCGAGGUAUGUUUGUAGCAAUUUUGGUCCCACUGGCGCUGGCCACCGUGCUGGAGGCGAAGGUUUUGGCCACUCGCGACCCACGAUGUCCCCGUGUGGACGAUCCGGAACGUACGGUCCACCUGACACAUCCAACCGAUUGCAACCGUUUUCUGGUCUGCUCGUCCGGCAUGGCUUACGAGAUGCGCUGCCCGGACGGGUUAGAGUACGAUGUGGAACAGAGCAGCUGUGAUUACGAUUAUCUCGUGCGCUGCUCGAUCGAGGGACGUAUACCGAUGAAGCAGGCCAACUAUGGGUUCGAGAUGCCGCUGGAGCAGCUCGCCCUAAACCGCCCAUCGUGGAACGAUCAGCAGGAGGAACCGCGCGUUGACUCACCGCCUCAGCCAGUGCCACAGUACAAACCGGCCAUCAGUGUCGUUGAUGCGCGCUGCCCCCGGACGGACGAUCCGAUGAAACCGAUCCAUCUGCCGCGCACUGGCAACUGUGGCAAGUUCAUGAAGUGCUUCGGUGGCCGUGCCUACGAGAUGGACUGUCCGGCCGGGUUGGAGUUCGAUGCGAAGAAUGGCCGUUGCGAGUACCCGGCAUUGGCCCGGUGCAGCCGGCUGUGAGGUUUGUUACCUUUGUGCCAAUCGUCCGGCUAGGUCAGUAUUAUCUGUGAAUAAAGAUCACUUGCUGUGUGGCAAGUGUUGUGCAGACGAUAA